AUGUCGCAUCCAGCGGCCUCCGUCUACGUCUGCGCCCGCAGGCGCGGCGUCCACGAUCUCCUCUUUCUCGUCGUCGAUUCCGAAUCGGCCCUGGUCCUCUCGGCCGAGGGCAUCGAGUCCGCCGCCCAGGCCGACGCGCCCUCGCAAGAGGCCAACGCCAUCGACCUCUUCGAUGCCGACCUGCUGCGCCUCUCCCCGAGCCACGACGCAGAGGACCAGCUGGCGCAGGCGGGCAUCUGCCUGCGCGGCAGCCUCCAUCGGAUCGGAGCCACCAGCCUGCCCUCGCAGCAGUGCGCAGACGCGCUGCGCAUGAUCAUCACGUCUCUCCCAAGCCACGAACGCGCAGACUCGAGGCAGAUCCACAACGCCUGGCUUCUCCCGGUCGUCGACCUUGGUCCCGCCUGGGGCGCCGGCGCGGAUGCGUGGCUCUUCUGCGAACAGGUCUAUCACGACUCGUUGUCCCGGCUCGGCAAGGCGCCAGCCCCGACAGCCCACGCAUUGCCCGAGGGCGAAGGGUACGAAGCGGCCUACGCCCUGGAUGCGGUGCACGCGGACCCCUUUGCCGACGACUCCAAGAGCAGCUCUGGCCCCUCGGCAGCCGCUGCGCCGUCGUCGUCGGCGGCGGGCUUCCCUCCGGAGAAGCGAUCGAACCCGGACUAUGGGGCCUCGCAGGCCGACCCGCCAACCUACGCCAGCUCCACGCGCAGCGCCGGCUUGGCGUCCAAGGGCAAGCAGCCCGAGCAGAGCCACCACGCCCAGCUUCGCGGCCCGCCGCAAGGGACGGCCUACCCGCCGGAAAAAUCUGCCGCCCGGUCCUCGUCAGGCGGUCCGGCGGCAGAGCUACGUUCCCUGCCGGCCGCCCACGCCGAGGCCUCGCGCAGCCUCGACUCUCCCGGCGCCAUGAGCCCAGAGGCGACGAGGCUCGAGCUCGGCUCGCACGGCAAGCUCGACCUGACUCUGCCCAACGAGCCCCUCUCUGCGGAUCCGUUCGACGACGCGCACGCCGGGCCCUCGUCGUCGUGGUCGUCGUCGGCCCGGGCCCACUUUGAAGAGUCUCCGCCGGCCUACGCCAGCCAUGCGAUCCGCACCGACCUGCUGCAGGACGAGAAGCCGCUGCCGGCCAUCCCGCAGCUCUCUGCGCUCUCGCUGGGCGCCGUCGACGAUGCGGUGCCGCGGCUGAGCAUCGUCAUCCACAUUGUCGGAUCGCGGGGCGACGUCGCGCCCUUCCUCCCCAUCGCCGAGAAGCUGGCCUGCCGCGGCCACCGCGUCCGCAUCGCCACGCACGCCAAGUUCAAGCCGCUCGUCCUGCGCCGCGCCGCCGCCCGCAGCAUCGAGGAAGGCCAGGGCGGCAGCAUCGAGUUUUUCAACCUGGGCGCGGACCCCGAAAAGCUGAUGGCCUUCAUGGUCAAGAACGGCGGCCUGAUCCCGUCGGUCUCGUCGGUCGCCGCGGGCGACAUCCAGGCCAACCGGCACGAGCUGGCCGAGCUCAUCGACGGCGCCUUUGCCAGCUGCCGCGAGCCCAACGAGGACACCGGGCUGCCGUUCGUGGCCGACGCCAUCAUCGCCAACCCGCCCAGCUUUGCCUCGCUCCACUGCGCCGAGAUCUUCAACGUGCCGCUCAACAUCAUGUUUACCAUGCCGUGGUCAAAGACGUCUGCGUUUGCGCACCCCUUCACCACGGUCGGCAGCGUCAAGGGCGACGCCCAGCUGAGGCGCAACCGGCUCAGCUACGACGCCGUCGCCCGGCUCACCUGGCUGGGCUACGCGGACCUCAUUGGAAAGAAGCGCAAGCAGCUGCAGCAGCCCGAGAGCAGCUUUGUUAAGAUCUCCAAGACGAUCAACAGCGACGCCGUGCCGCACACGUAUUGCUUCAGCCCCAGCCUGCUGCCCAAGCCCAAGGACUGGGGCGACUGGAUCGACGUCGUCGGCUUCAGCUUUGAAAACUCAUCGACCAGUAACUCCGACUACGAGCCGUCGGAUGACCUCGAGCGCUUCCUGCGCGAGGGCCCCGCCCCGAUCUAUGUGGGUUUCGGCUCGAUUGUCGGGUUCGACAUGAAACACCUCUAUUCGAUCAUCCUGCAGGCGGCGGCUCGCGGCGGCCACCGGGUGAUUGUGUGCCAGGGCUGGACGGACCUGCAGCUGCCGAGCAGCCACGAUGUCAUGGUGAUCAAGGAGUGCCCGCACGACUGGCUGUUUCCGCGCUGCUCGGCCGUCAUCCACCACGGCGGUGCCGGGACGACGUCGAUGGGCCUGCGGUACGGCCUGCCCACCCUGAUCCUGUCGUUUUUCGGCGACCAGUCGUUCUGGGGCCAGGUCGUGUACAACGCCGGCGCCGGGCCCAUCUCGAUCCCGGCCAAGGACGCCUCGCUCAGCUUCCUCGAGGAGGCCCUCGCCACGCUUGCCCAGGACCCGACGCGCCAGGCCGCGGGCCGGCUGCGCGAUGCCAUCGCCCAGGAGGACGGGUCGGAAGCGGCGGUGCAGAGCUUCCUGCGGCACCUGCCCGCCGACAUCCAGCCCAGCGACCUGGGCAGCCGCCUCCGGGCUCAGUACAUCCACGCUCCGACGGGCCUCAAGCUGUCCGGCCUCGAGGCGGCCACCCUGACGGCCCAUGGGCGCGUCUCGCAGGCCGAUCUGCAAGAGGUUGCGGUCAAGAGGUUCGACCUGGUCGACGAGAUCCAGGGCAGCUUCAACUUUGUCGGCAAGGCGGCCGAGAGCAUCUACGCGGGCUUUGCCGGAAGCAUCCGGCAUCCGAUCGAGGGCUACAAGCAGGGCCACCUGGUCCGCGGCGUCGGCAAGGGCCUCGGCGGACUCGUGGCCGAACCGUCGAAAGGGGCGAUCCACGUGCUCAACGACCUGUCGACGUGCCUGGCACGGACGCAGCGCCUGUACGACCCGACGUUUAAGCCGCCGGGCAAGAUCACGGGCAUCAAGUCUGGCGCAAAGGAAGGCUUCAAGUCGUGGGGGCUCAACUCGUGGGGCGCCAUCACCGACAUGGUGACCAAGCCCGUCGAGCUGGGCAUGAAGGAAGGGGCGCUGGGUGCGGCAAAGGGGCUGGCGAUUGGCAUCGUCAAUGUGCCCGUCAAGCUGACGGCGGGCAGCCUGGACCUGCUGGUGCUGCCGACGAGGGGCGCCGUCAAGAGCAUCCAGAAGCAGCGCACCAAGAAGAAGCACGCCAAGAGCCUCGACGAGCUGGCCGAGGUGCGCAGCGACGCCGGAUCGUCGACGAGCAACUUUUACGCCGACGGCCAUCGGUCCACGGUGGCCUCGCCGUCGCCGCGCGAGUCGCAGGCGGACCUGCACCGCUCCGCGCCCCACUACGACGACGCUAAAAGGGGCGGCGGCGGCGGGGCGCCGGCACAGAGGGAGCAAGAAAGAUGCAUGUAG